AUGGCUACUACGGACGACAAGACACCCUCGCGAAUGCGCGAACUACCGGCCCCUCCAUCUCGUGCUGAGAUCGACGAGCUCUACCACAACGCUCGCCUCUCUCUUCCGGCGCCCCUGAGACUUCCAAUGGCUUCAGCGCUGUCGUUUUUUGCCGGAUUCACCCUGGGAACAGCACAAGGUGGUAAAAUGGCGGGUCUGCAGUUUCGAGCCGAGCACGCACACAAGCUACCCACAAGCACGACGGGCUGGUUUCUUUACCACAAAAGCAAGAAUUACCAGAUGGCAUAUGGUGGGAUCCGGGAGGGAUUCAAGAUGGGAUUCAAAGUGUCUUUCUGGACGACAGCUAUGUUCGCAAUCGAGCAAAUGUUUGACUCGUAUCGCGGGACCGCUGACAUCUUCAACACGGUAACAUCAUGCGUCACCGUGGCAGGGGGCUUUAGUCUUUGGAAUCGUUUCUCCUUGCCGAUGACUGCCCGGACGACAAAAACCGCCCUUGCCGCCGGGUUCGUGUAUGGAGGGCUUCAGGAUCUCUUGGGUGUAGUGAGGGGUCGCCCCAUUCGAUACGUCGACUGGGUCCGACAGAAAGUGGGCGCACCGCAGCGGAAGGACCCGAGAAACCAGUAG